GAAUUGCGUUCAGAUCUGAAAGCUCUGAUAGACCAUCCUGGUCGUAUAAAAGUCCCAAAUGUGCUACUCAAAGACGGACUAUCCCUAAUGAAAUUAUCACAUAAAUCGAAGAAGAGAGUUUUUCUUAAGGUGGACCCAUCAAAUUUCAGCAUUAGCUGGAAGAACGUAUCUUCCAAUCAAUCCAUUCAUUCCAAUAGUCUUCACAGAUUAUUGAUUUCAAAGACUGCAUCUCAGAAUAAUACUAUCGAAAUAUACUUCGACGAUAUAAAAGACUUGAUCUUCCAAGAAAAUGCCAGUCCAUAUAGGGAAGAAUUACAUAUUUCGAAGGAUUUCGAAUCCAAUUGGUGCACUGUCAUAUACUUCAAUUCUAAGAAAGGAAAAUUGAAGACUCUCAAUCUCAUUGCAGAUACAGAAUAUGAUUUCAAACGAUUAACCCUAGGUUUGAAAAACUUGAAACUGUACCGUGACGACAUUAGAGAUAAAUUUUUAAACCUUCCUGAUGUUGACAUUCCAAACAAUAUGGACUUCUUGGAGGAGAAUAAUAAAGAUACAAAGGAAUAUUUGAACUUCCAAGACAUUCUCAAAUACACAAAGAGGUUAAAUAUCAAUAUUGGCCAGAGGCAUUUACAACAAAUUUUCGAUGAGGUUAUCGAGGGACUGGGUUCUAAAACUCCUCAAUCUAAUUCUGCUACGGAAGGUUCUCCUCGAAAUUUAAUGGAGCAGCUUGAUUUCGAACAAUUUAAGACUUUUGUAACGAUCUUAAAAAAAAGGGAAGACAUCGAAGAAAUUUGGAAGGAUUUAUGUGGGGAAAGUAAUCCGAUGACAUACGAUGUAUUUAAAAUUUUCAUAAGGAAUACUCAAAAAGAAAACUUUGACGAUGAAUUUCUUUCACGGCUAUUCAAAAAAUUCUGCAUAGGGAAACGGGACUCUUGGAUUCCAGAAAGUUUGAAUAACUUUUUACUAUCAAAGUACUCUCCAUUCUUGAACUCUUCUUUCCACACUAAUCUCGACCAGCCACUCAAUGAGUACUUCGUUUCGUCCUCACAUAACACCUAUUUGAUGGGUCGUCAGGUUGCGGGAGAUUCAUCAAUUGAUGGGUAUGUUAGGGCCUUGCAGCGAGGAUGCAAAUGUGUUGAGAUUGAUAUCUGGGAUGGAAAAGAUGAUGCAAUUUCUGACACUGAUAAUGGCAAGAACUCAUUUGGGAGCACCAACUUAAAUAGUGAUGGUCCUAUUGUGAAUCACGGAAGAACCUUUACUUCCUCAAUUUCAUUCGUUAAUGUCAUAAAGACGAUUAAAAAAUAUGCAUUUAUCAGUUCACUGCUUCCUUUAAUUCUAAGUCUUGAGAUACACUGCUCUAUACCAAACCAAUUGAAAUUGGUAGCUUUGAUAAAAGAAAUUUUGGGAGAUCUUUUAAUCACAGUGCCAUUGGAAAGCGAUUCAUAUAUGUUGCCUUCACCAAAUAAAUUGAGGAACAAGAUUUUGUUGAAAGUUAAAAAGAAUAGUGGCCCAUUUCAAUCUAAUGAAAAUACAGAAAUCAGUACCACUUCUUCGACCACAACUUCUUUCAGUGAAGACAACGGGAUUCAAGUGAGAAGGAGCUCAUUCUCAUUACGAAGCAAGGCCGAAAAACCCAAGAUUGCUCCUGAACUCAGCUCUUUAGGAAUCUAUGUUCAAGGAAUUAAAUUUCGAAACUUUUCGUUACCUGAGUCCAAAACUUACAACCACUGCUUUUCUCUCAGCGAGAAAUCAAUCAACUCUAUGUUAAAGGAUGACAGCAAGAGAAAGGCCAUAGACAAACAUAACAGGAAAUACUUGAUGCGGGUAUACCCUUCAAAGUUCAGAUUGAGGUCAUCAAACUUUAUUCCUAUUAACUAUUGGACGCAUGGUGUGCAAUUUGUUGCUACGAAUUGGCAAACCUAUGAUUUAGGUCAACAGAUUAACGAAGCACUUUUUCAAGGUUCACAGGACCAGGGAUAUGUCUUGAAGCCUGAAUCUUUGAGAAAGCCGACUUUAAAGUCUAUUAGGGCAGUUGAGACAGAAGAGAGGAUUUUGAAAUUCAGGUUUGAUAUUGAGAUAAUCAGUGCUCACCAGCUCCCCAAAUCUAAGAGUUCGGAAAGUGCCAUCAACCCAUUUGUGGUGUUCGAAAUCAUAGGGGCAAAUUCCAUUGAAUGGGACGCCCCACAUAUGUCGAAAGGCAGGACACAUUCGAUAAGUGAAAACGGAUUUAACCCAGUGUGGAAUGAAACAUUCUCAGGUACUAUUAUAGCACGCAAUGAGUUGGUUUUCCUUAAGUUUACUAUAAAAUCAUCGUCUGCUACAGAUGAGAUUCCCACCAUUGGUAUUCUUGUUACCAAGUUCACCUACUUAAAUCAAGGUUAUAGGUACCUCCCCAUAUGUGAUUUGUUGGGAGAACAACUCAUCUACUCUAGCCUCUUUGUGAGGAUAGCACAC